AUGCUUCCCUUAAGAAUUUCACUCGGUCGGCAGAUUUUGAAAGUAAAAAGUUUCGUGUCACUCACUAGAAGAUAUUAUAGCCCACAGAAUGAUUUUAACUUGUCCGACGUUGCUGUACAGGCUUACUUUAAAAAGCUUCUGUUUGAACAUGAAGAGCUGUACACUAAAAUGAAAAGGACACCUGAAGAAUCAAAACGCUUUUUUGAAAUCAAGCCAAUUGUCAAUGUCUUACAGCACCGAAUAACGUUGUAUGAAAACAUCGAGUCUCUUCAAGAUCUUAUUAGUAAACAAAAAAGCAAGGACGACGAGGAUAUGAAAAAAAUGAUAAAAGAAGAAGCGCAGAUAUAUUUGAAGCGUAUGUCAGACGUCGAUCGUGAGUUACAGUCGAUUUUAUUGGAGCCGCAGUUGACAGAAGGCGCCGUGCUGGUGGAGUUAAAGGCUGGCGAAGGAGGACACGAAGCAAUGUUAUUUGCGCGAGACGUAUUUGAAAUGUAUGAACGAUAUGCAAAGUAUAAAGAUUGGGAUAUUCGCAUUGUGUCUAUCGAAAAGUCAGACAUUGGAGGUAUUCUGAAGGCUUUAAUGUUUAUUGAAGGUGUUGGUGCGCCAGAAUUGAUGAGAAUAGAGGCUGGUGCACAUCGUGUACAAAGGAUUCCGACGACAGAAAGGGGUGGCCUUAUCCAGACAAGCACUGUUUUAGUAUCAGUUUUCUCUAAACCAAGUAAUAUGGAAGCAGAUAUUUCCAAACGAGACUUGGCAAUUGAAUACAAAUCGAGUAAUAAGACUGCUACACGCAAUGGUGUACGUGUCGUUCAUACGCCAACCGGAAUAGUAGUAGAAUGUAGUGAGAAACGGUCAAAGACGAAGAAUAAAGACAUUGCUAUUGAAGCAUUAAAGACUCUUUUGUUAAAUAAGGAACAACAGGAACUGAAGAUUGAAGGAAGACCAAAGAUGGAUGCUAUUAAAAUAAAUGAUACAAUUCGAACAUAUAAUUUCCCACAAGAUCAAGUAACAGAGCACCGUGAGGGUGGUGGCACGAUUCAUAGACUUCAAGCUUUCAUGGAAGGGGAUUACAAACUGGAACAGAUGCAGCAAAAUCUUUUGAGGGAGUACAAGCGUCAAGCAUUCUUGGAGGAAAUCAGUAAUUUUUCUGAAAAACCGUCUUGUGACAAGUAA